AUGGCGAAACCGUAUCCCCAAAUCGUCCUUUUCGGGGACUCCCUAUUCCAGGGAUCAGCUGUCGUAUUUGAUGGCUUCUCCUUCCAGGCCGAGCUUCAGUGCCAUGUUAUGCGUCGUUACGACGUUGUCAACCGCGGGUUUUCUGGCUGGAACACGGAGAACGCUCUGAAGUAUCUUCCUGAUAUCAUUGCCUCCCCUUCAGAUUCUGGCCCGCAGCUCAAAUACCUCGUGAGGGAUCCUAGAUGUUUCCUGAUGUUCCCCAGCCACUGA